AUGGAGCUUAAUCUGCCAGCAGACGACGUACGACUUGCCGAGGGUGGCUGGGGGUUUAACACCGUUGAUCAGUUGCAGUUGAUGGAGCCAUUCUCCCUGUUGGAUGAAUCGCACAUGCAGCGACUCCUGCGAGUACAGAGGACCCGGGCGACGCCGGAGGAAUAUCUACGGGAUCCACGAGAACCAUCGCCGACGAUACCUAGAGCAAGAAUCAACCGACUGCCCCCGCAACAAGAACAACAACAGCAGCAUCAGCAGCCGCAAGAAUACAUGGUGAAUCCCACCCCUUCUCGACCCGACCCUUACGAACCCUUUAUCAUCCCGGACUCGAUCCUCCUACACAGUCCCAUCUCCCCCCAGACGCAGAGCAAGUUCCUGCAACUGCCACCGGAGCUCCUCACACACAUCCUCGGCCUUGUCAAAAUCCCCUACUUCCAACUCUCGCUCGCCCUGACCUGCAAGACCAUGGCGCGGGUCGCCGCCCAAAAGAACGUCCUCUCCCCCUGGCGCGGCUACCGCGACAAGGACGGGCUCUUCCGCCUCCUCGAGCGCAAGAACAACUUCAUCCCCGAGCACUUAUCUCUGUGUCGCGCCUGUUUUCGGUUCCUGCCCAACAGUGGCGGCGAAUAUUGGGACAGGCAGAUGGCCGAUCGCAUCUUCGACCUCGCCACCGUCAACUGGUACGACCUGCUGGCGUGGUUUCACAAGUCGUCGCGGUUCGGCCACCAGUGCCCCUGGUGCGUGGUGUUGGGGUACUCGACGUACAUGAGCGAGAGCACGUAUCUUGUAAAGAGGGCGAAAACCAUGCUCUCUAUCCGUGAACGCAUGUGUCCGGACUUGAACAGGAGGAUGGAUCAACCUUGA